GCUGAGGAGAGCGGGGCCCCACGGGGGAGCGGGACGCUCUGAGGGGGUCGGGACCCUCCUCGAGUGCCGAGGGCGUUGGGGUCACCUGAAGCGCUGAGGGCGGUGAGGCCUCUGAGGGGAGCGGGACCCUCUGGGGGAUCGGGACCCCCUUGAGGUGCCGAGGGGAGCGGGUGCUGAGGAGAUCGGGACCCCGAGGUGCAGAGGGCAGCGGGGCACCCUGAGGGGAGAACUCUCCCGAAAUGCUGAGGGGAUCGGGGUCCCUUGAGGGCAUCGGGAUCCCCGGAGGUGGUGACGAGGUCGGGGUCCCCAGAGGAGCUUGGGGAAGAGUUCGGCAGCCCCUGGGGAGGGAGCUGUGUCGGGGCAGGCCGGGGUGUCCCACAACAGCCUCCAGCCGGGUCCUGCAUCUCGAGCUCCCUCGGCACAGCUGUAAACCAAAUAAGAAAAUUGGAAAAAAAUUACUGAUUGCUGCAGUUUGAGCAUAUCACUUUUCUGAUAUUGCUGUUAGAAUGACAUUUCUGGAUUUGCCCCUGGGUACAAGAAACCUCUGCGUAUGUGCGCCGCUGGUGUAAAGGAUGAGGCUGCACGAGAGCCGGACAAGACCCUUCCAGGCUCCCGCCUCCGUCCACACGUUCCCGGGCAGGCAGGUGUACGUGUUCCCCAAUGGCCGGUCGGACUCGGACGAGUCCUCGGAGGAGGAGCUCAACGUGAUGGAAUUGCGGCCCAGGGGCAGGGAGCAGCAGCGGGGCAGCGCCCGGGACAGGCUGGGGGACGUGGUGCUUCUGGAGAAGGAGCUCACCGAGGAGGACAGCCUCAACAAGCUGGCCCUGCAGUACGGCUGUAAGGUUGCAGAUAUCAAACGCGUCAACAACUUCAUCCGCGAGCAGGACCUGUACGCGCUGAAGUCCAUCAAGAUCCCGGUGCGGCCGCACGGGCUGCUCACCGAGGGCGCCGGGGCCCUGCGGCCGCCCCCGGCCGCGCCCGCCCAGCCCGGCCUGACGCGCGUGGAGCUGCCGGAGCCCGAGCCCAGCGGCUCCGCUGCCGGCCGGCGCCUCAGUGAGUACUUCAGGGACAUCGACCGGAGCAUCCAGGACGCGGCGCAGGUGGAGGUGCAGCUGGACGCGGAGUACGGCGGGGAGGGGCUGGAGAGGCCCCUGCCCGAGGCGGGGAAGCGGGACGCCGCUAACGGCGCGGACUGCGGGAUCCAGUGGUGGAACGCCGUGUUCAUUAUGCUGCUGAUAGGAAUUGUCCUGCCGGUGUUUUAUAUCAUCUAUUUUAAAACACAAGGCCUGGUGGCACACACCUCUAACACGACAACCUCAAAUGUUUCAACAGCUGGAUUGGAAGGGAAAUUACCACAAGGCUCGGUUGUAGGAAAAAAAUCCUAAGGGGAAAGGGCAGCCCACUCCGGCUCUCCAGCAGUGAUGCUCGUGACUGACUCAAGUGCAGCCAAGGGGAUACAACAAUAUAGAUAAUUUUUAUUUUUAUAAGUAGUUGAUGAUGUAAUCCUGAAUUUGACUGAAAAUGAGGUGAUGUGAUUUUGAUGGAAAAACAAGGAUGCUUUUUUGCUUACAGAGAUCACGCAGGUGGCUUCAGAGUUGGGAACUCUGUUGAGGGGAAAGUAUUUUGUAGCAAUUUACUCAUUGUGGUUGCUUCAGGUAUUUAAUGCCGUGUCUAGAAGCAAAUCCUUUGCUGCUGAGCUAGAGAGUGCAGUAUUAAUGUGGCUGGAAAGUUGGGGGUUGUUUGCAUUUCAAGGAAACACUUUUUGCUGGAAUGGAAGGGGGAGAUGCUGUCUCAGAAGUGUUGUUUUUGUCUCUUGCAGACCAAUGUGGUUUUGGCCUGUGUGACUGUAAAGAUGCCCCCUUGGGCUCUAAGCUGGGUGAGCCAGGGCACGAGGACACUGCCAGCACCUUGUCAACCCCCCGAGCAAACCUGUGAGGCGUGUUCAUUAGGAUGUGCCAGGCCCACCCCUGGGAAGGGUGAGCCCAGACCUCUUCCCCUCAGUGAAAUCCUUCAGAGAUCUCAGUGCAGGAUCUGCGCUGUCCCAGGGUGCUGCUCAGCCCUGCAUGGCCCCAGGUGGGCAGGGGGUGUUGGAAGAGAGCAGGAGAGAGGAGUCACAGGCACUUCUCCAGGGCUCCUUUGCUGGCAGGAGGUCUAGUCAGUAUUAUUUGCUAAAAAACUAAUAAUAGUCUCUAGUGGUGCUUCUUAGACCCCAGGCUUGGCCAUGGAAUUACUUCCAUGUGUGCAGUCUGAGUGGGAGUGAAGUGCUGAGCCGGGUGCAGGUUGCAAGGUCCAGGACAGAAGUCCAAGAAGAAAGAAGGGUGAAGCCUUUCUGGACUGUGAAGCUGCUGAUGGUGAGAGGUUCUGUGAACGGACCACGUGCCUUGGAAAGCUUCGCAGGGCAGUGGAGGUGUAGUCAGCAAACGCUGCCUGCUGCAAGGGAGCAGCAAGGGAGGCCUUGGGAGCUUUGCUGAAGAGAAGGAUUUGCCUCAGCAAUUUGAUUCAGCAAAUUCUAGGCCUGUGGGCAGAGGUGAAGCUUUCCUGGAACCAAACACUGAAGGACUUUGUGUGGGCAGGUGCCGUGGGUCGGGGCAGAGCUGGUGGGUGCAGAAAGCCGAUGUUUGUCCCCACCUCGGCCCAGCCCCAUUUGUAGCUCCCAGCUCCCAGCUGGACCACGAGGCUUUUCCCACUUCCCCUGGCAGCCCGAGGCUGGCUGGGGCAGAGCAGGGCUGCAGAGGGGCUGUGGUACAGACACCUGGCACGUGGCCUCAAGGACUGGUGGUAUCUGCCUGGACAGAGGAUUGCAGAAGCAAGGUGAGCACCCCACACUACACAAGCACAAUCGUGUGCUGUUAACAAUGAGAACCUGUGUUUCCUGCAGCUCUCAGAAGCAGGAACCUAAUUCUGUAAACAAGCACUCCAGAGUAUCUUAUACUGAACAAAAAUUGUAUUUUUCUUCUGUGAAGAGCUGUAUCUCUUUGUUCUGGG